AUGGACUCUACUGCUGCAAAGAAGGCAGAAACGAGAGUGAUGGCGGUGAAGGAAAGCAUCAUUGUUAUGGAGGAUUUGCCUUCUGAAAAUCAGCAAAUAAGUGUUUAUGAGAAACAUAGUGAAGGAAAUGAAUAUAUGUCAACUCAAGGAAGUCAGGUUUGCGCGGAUUUUGUGUUGGAUUACACUACUCAAUUCACAACUGAACAGGUAUUCAAAAGUAAGAAUGAAUUGCUCAAUUGGGUACGUGAAGUUGGAAAGAGAAAUGGUUCGGUCAUUGUAAUCAAAACAUCAGACUAUGGUGGAGGGAAAGAAAGACCCAGGAUGUAUCUUGCUUGUGAGAGAAGUGGCCAAUAUAGGGCGACAAAGAAGUUAAAACAUGAUAGCAACAAUACAUCAAGAAUAACCGGUACGAAGAAGUGUGGUUAUCUGUUUGAUAUGAGGGCUCACAGGUUUACCACACAUGAUGAAUGGACAUUGACCGUAGUAUGUAGAUUGCAUAAUCAUCCACCUGCGGAGCACCUUAAGGGACAUUCAUAUGCGGGGAGGCUAUCAAAGGAUGAGAAAGCAUUGUUAAUGGAUAUGUCAAAGAGCAUGGUUCGGCCGAAAGAAAUCCUAGUAACGUUGAAACAGCGAGAUGCCCUCAAUGUAAGCACACUUAAAACCAUUUACAAUGUACACCAUCGAAACAGGGUGGUACAGAGAGCUGGAAGAUCACAGAUACAACACUUAUUGGGUGAAUUGGCCAACUUUCCAUACUUACAAUAUGAGAGGGUUGAUAACUAUGUGUGGGUGUUAGCUACAUUGCGUGAUGUCAUUGAUGGGUUUGUUGUGCCAACAAUUAUUGUUACUGACAGAGAGCUAGCCUUGAUGAAUGCCAUACAUAAGAUAUUCCCGAGUGCCAGACAUUUAUUAUGUCGUUGGCAUAUUAGUAAGAAUGUAUUGACCAAAUGCAAGAAAAUGUUUAAGACACAACAGAAAUGGGAGAAGUUCAACCAUGAGUGGAACUCUUUAGUGUAUUCACCUUCUGAAAUUCAAUACGAUGAGCGUCUUAAAUCAUUACUUAAAGAAUUCAGUAGUUAUCCUGAUGCAGUCAAAUACGUCAUGGAUACUUGGUUGGUUCCUUACAAGGACAAAUUUGUGGCGACAUGGACAGACACGUGUAUGCAUUGUGGCAAUGUUACAACGAACCGGGCUGAGAGUGCACAUGCAAAACUUAAAAGACAAUUGGGUUCAUGUCAAGUCUCAUUUCAGGCAUCAUUUGAGAAAAUACACAGUCAGCUUAAGUUGAAACACACUGAUAUCAAGGCUUCAUUUGAGAAAAGUCAAACUGUUGUGCAACAUCAAUUUAAACCUUCUCAGUUCAGGGAGCUACGGGGUAAUGUGUCUAUCUCUGCAUUGGAGUAUUUGCUUGUAGAGAGUAAGAGAGCCAAUUCAAUUGGUAUUGAUGUUGAAGCUUGUGGAUGUGUCCUUUGCCACACUCAUGGUUUACCUUGUGCCCAUGAGAUUGCUGACUACAUCAGACAAGAUCGUUCUAUUUCACUUGCUACCAUACACUCACAGUGGAGGCAACUUCAUAUCUCUAUAUGCAAGAAAGAAGAGGAAAUAGACUUGUCAUGCAGAAGUAGAGUUAUUUGUGAACAAGUUUAA